AAUCUUGCAAGUUGCAAUGCAGAUUUUUUUGACAAUUUCGUUUGACAUUGACAGUUCAUCGACCAUCGGCAACCGAGUUGAACAAAAGCGUUUCUACAUUCAACAAAAACUGGAAAUAAAUAGCUCUGAUUAACAGUUUAAAGCAUAAUGUCUGAACGCGAGCCAAUCAGCGGUUCCAGUCGGGACUAUGGCGCCACGGCCGCGGUGCCAGCGGUCAGCUUCGCAGACUUCAGCCCAACAGAACUGUACAACUUGAGCGAAGGUAUUGCCGAGAAUGUCAACACGAUCAACAGCGGACUCCGAUCGCUGGAGAAGAUGAUGAAACAGAUCGGAGGGCCCGGGGAUAAUGUGCAGUUGAGGGACAAAAUUCACGACACACAACAAACAGUGAACGGGUCAGUGUCGGCGACGGCGCGCGACAUCCAGCGGCUCGGCGUGGUGGUGCGGCGCGGCGACAAGCCACAGAAGCUGCAGGUGGAGCGACUCACGCAGGCCUUCCGGGACGCGCUCGCCAAAUACACCGAGGUGCAGAAGCAAGUAUCAGAGAAAAUGGCGGCGCACAUGCCCCGGCCGCCGCGCAUGCGCAACACAGACCCGCAGCUGCUCGAACAACAGGCCAUCGCUGACGACGAGGAGUCUACGGCCCUAGCGCAGCAGUUGGCACAGGCGCGCCUCGUGGAGUUCGAAACAAGCAUGCUGGUAGAGCGAGAGGAGUACAUGAACAAGAUAGAGGCGGAUGUGAUGGAUGUCAACCACAUCAUACAGGAACUGUCGGAGAUGGUCCAUCAACAGUCACAGGCCGUGGAAACCGUGCAGAGUCAAGUGGAGGCAGCAAGCGCGAAUGUAGAGGCUGGAGUUGACGAAUUAGCAAAAGCCGAGGAGCAUCAACGACGAUACCGCAAAAAAAUGCUAAUUCUGAGCAUAAUUGGAGCCAUCUUAGCCAUUUUAUUAAUUGUAUGGAUUGUUAAAGCCUUCAAAUAAUCGUACUAAUGUCAAAUCGAUAAUUGUGAUAAAAGCGAGAAAUACCCAAGAAAUAUUCUUACUGAUAUUUUCGGUAUAAGCGAUUAUAAUCAUUCGAUAUAUCGAUAGAGGGACAACCCUAUUAUGAUCAGAGUUAACGUAUUCAUUAUGCGGGUCGAUAAACUUAAUCGUUACAUCGAUUAUUAAAAUAUCGAUAAUUUGGAAAAGGUGGUAAUUGAUUUAUGGGACAGUUGUACUUUCUAUACGAAAUACUCAAUGAUUAUGAAAGGAAGUGUUAUUGAAUGUCCUUGUUGAGACAAUUUGUAAUUUAGAAUUAUUCUGAUACAAAUAGAGCCCUUAGUUAAACUUCCAAUAUUAUCGAUAAAUAUCUAAGGGCUAUGACAAUAUAUAUUUUUUUUGUUACAACUUUGUUCUUCAAUAUCUUAGAGCGACACAUAAAUGUACAUCUACUUAAAUAUUUAUUACAAGUACUAAAAUAUGUUAUUUAUCGCUCAAAAUUAAAGACAUUAAUAAAUUACGACUGAACUGCAAUGAAUAAUCAAACCAAGCUAUUUUACAAUAUAUUUUUUAUUUUUAUAAAUUUUGCUACGAAAUACUAUAAGAAAACAGUUUAGUGCUGUACCGAAAUUGUUUGCCAAAAUAUCGACUUUCAAAUUAGAUGUUAAGGUUUAAAUUGCUUUGUAAUUAUUCUGCAUGUAAAACACAGAUUCGAUUUGUACUAUGCUUACCUAUUUUUUGACCGUCCCGAUGGACUGUUAAUCGGUGCCGGAUAUCCGGUAAAAUGGCAUCUUGGCUCUUAUUUUACGUCUAAAGCGAGGUUUUGAUGAACAAGAAUUCUUGUGAGGUUGACUCCCGCAAGCUAUCUUUACAGUGUUGACGAUCAAGGCAACUUUUGCAGAUUUUGAAACUUGGAAGACUUGCGACGAGUCGCAUGUGUAAUAUUGCGGCUAAGGUAAACGCAUCUUGAAGUUCUUGCGCAAUAUAUUCCUGCGACAACUUGCUAAAACUUACUUAAAGCCAGGGUUUUUUACAGCAAGUAAUUGCAAAGCAAGCGUAUGGGAUUAUAUAGACUGGAACAUGACAGUCAAAUCGAUUGUUGAUAUGACUUCUUUCUGUAACUAUCCAUUUUCCUACAGCUGUCUCUCUAAUAUAGAUUUUUCUUAUAACGAAAUCAUAUUAACAGUUUCACUAUAGAAUUCUGUAGAGUUAAUAUUUUUAAGAAGAAUAUAUUAAUUUAAUCGAUAUUAUUUUGUUUGGAAUGAGGUAUAUUCACGUAGAUAAUGUUGUUGAUUUUUUCAUUUCGUAUCGAUGAAAUGAAUAUUUUUUUCAAUAGGGCUGAAUAGCGAUAAGAAUAUACCUGAGUUUUGUUUCAGCCCGUUAGAAAAACGCUGGUUAUAUUGUUUAAUUAAGGCCUUAAUGUAGUGAAUUAUAUCAAUAUGUUAUUUAUACGUAGUUAGGAAUUUUAUAGUAAUAUCUAACUAAUUCAACCAUUAUAAUAUCUACACAUUCCAAAGGUUUAUCGAUAAAAAUCUAUCGGAAUUUGACACUAGCUGUUCUUUUUCAUUAGAACAUUACGACUCGAUGAAGUGAUAGAUAAUUUAAUAGGAUUGCAUUGUUUUCUUACUAUUAUAAUCGAUGUUGAUUAUGAUUAUCGAUUGUGUAAUAUCGAUGUUUAAUGUUAAUAAUAAAGGCAACAAAAGUAUUGUCGGUGCUAUAAAUAUCGUGUCUUUAGAUGUCAAAAAUGUAAUCCAGUUUCUAUUUUAUUUCUGUAUUUUUUAUUAAUGAAAAUAUUUUUUUAUCUAUUUAAGUGAUAGAAGUUUCCUACGUUCGUUGUGAUAAGUCGCAAAAUUAAUCUAAUUCAUUUCUAAUAGUAUUUAUAAGAUACAGGUAGCGACUUUUCAAUGCUUUUUUGUUAUUACAUCUUGGUAGAUAAUAUGGAUUUCUCAUAGCAAAAAUAAACUAGAUAUAUACCUAUCCAGUUUAUAAAAAACACUCGUCGAGUCGAUACUAUGAUAAACAGCUAUAUAAUAUAAAUUAUCGAUUUCUGUUUAAUAUCAGGAGCGACAAAGAACAUACAUAAAAAACAAAAAAAAAAAACAAUAUUGGCUGCACAAGAACAUAACCAUUAAAAAAGUAAUAUUAGCAGCUGCACAUUUGCUUUUUUAUUUUCUAUCAAUCAGCCUAUCGUGACUGCUAAACGUAGACCUCAAGUGAGCUCCAACCAUUCCACUCUUGAGAAGGUCGCAUCCAUCAGCUAUACGCCUAUUUCAAGUCCUCGGUCUAUCGUGCAGCAGGACAUCCUACACUACGUCUACCUAAUCGCGGUCUCCACUUCAGAACCUUGCUCCAUCGACAAUCCCUGCAGACAUGUACGGCCCACUUCUAUGUCAAUGUGCUAAUGUUGCAAGCGACGUCGGUUACUUUUCUCUGGCGGAUUAUUUAAUUUCUACUUCAUUUCUGAUUUUAUUUACCAGAGACUCCGACCAUCGCUCAGUCCAUACCAUUUGCUACUUUGAACUUACGGACCAGGCUACUGGUUUCAAUUUCUAUACAGCUGGGUUUCUCAAAGUGGUGUAGGAGAACCACUAGGAGUUUGCCAUUCGACGGUAGAGGUUAUACGUCAAGAUUUUCGUUAUGGUGGCAUGAUGACUAGCAGGCACGUGCGGCAUGCAUGGUGGCACAGGCAUGGGACUAUUUAUUUCCUGGGGGGGUUUGGGUUUUAGAAUAAUUAGUUAAAUGGUUCGCUAUCAAAAACUUUUAUGGGGAUUGGUGGAGCCGAAAGUUUGAGAAACCCUGGUAGAAAGUUUUUCUUUUUUGCUAAUGGCCGAUUCCUUAUCUUCACCGCUAUCGUCAAAUCUAUAGUGUAAAUGGACCAAUCAAAGUAAAGUUUGUUUGAAAUGCUUACUUGGGACUUAUUUUGUUUGGUUUAUUUUUACUGUCAACGGGUAGUUAGCAGUUAAGAUAGCUUCAUGGAAUCGUUCAAUUCUGUAUGUCUAUGAAAUUAACAAAAGCAGUAUUAUAAACAAUUACAGAAUUUGGGAUAAUUAAGAUUUAAGGAUACUUAAUGUGUUUCUUUGUCGCUCCUGAUGUUUCCAAAAUGAUUAUUUUUGAUUUUGUAAAACACAUUUAUAAUAAAUCACUUUCAAAUUUUA